UUCCUGUCCAUUGUUCUCCGCUGAGGCUUUCGCUGUCCUUGGUGUGCCCCGAGAGGCUAAAGCGUCCCUGCCACAGAUCGCCGAGGAGAGGAGACCCAGCCCCGGGGCAGCCCGGCCUGUUUAGGGCUUCAGCAAAGAGACAGCACAAAGAGUAUCUUGAAGCAAGAAGCUCCAGAAAUGAAGGAAUCUUCCAGUGGGUUGUUGGCAGAAUCUGACACUGGCAGGGCCCAGCAUCUGUUUGAUGACUGGGGUAGAGCCAAUGGUGAGACCAAGGAGCCUAAAUUGGAAGAACAAUUGAAGACUCCACCAAUGGAAGGAAAAAUGAAUAAAUCCAACACCCCAGCAAAGGGCCAAGGAAAAUUAGUUGGCCAUGAGAGAACUGACACAGAGGAAAAACCAUUUAAGUGCCUGGACUGUGGAAAAUGCUUUGGCCGAAGCACUCAUCUCAGUCUCCAUCGGAGGACCCACACUGGUGAAAAGCCCUACAAGUGUGGAGAUUGUGGUCGGUGCUUCAGUGAUGGUUCUGCCCUAAUCCGCCAUCAGCGGAUCCACACAGGUGAAAGGCCCUACAAGUGUAAGGAGUGUGGAAAAUGCUUUGGCCGAAGCUCUCAUCUAGAGUUGCAUCAGCGGACCCAUCUUGGAGAGAAGCCCUACAAGUGCCCUGAGUGUGGCAAAGGGUUCCGUGACAGCUCAGGUUUGGCCAGACACCAGGGCAUCCAUACUGGUGCCAGUCCCUACAAGUGUAGUACAUGUGGCAAGAGCUUUAAUGACAGCUCAGCUUUCAUCCGUCACCAGCGCAUCCACACAGGUGAAAAGCCCUAUGUGUGUGUGGAGUGUGGCAAGAGUUUCAGUGACAGUUCCAAUUUCCGUACACACCAGAAAUCUCAUUGGGAGGAAAAGCCCUUCAAAUGCACAGCUUGUGCAAAGAGCUAUGUGCGUAGGUCAGACCUUGUCAUACACCAGAGGACACACACUGGUGAGAAGCCUUACCAAUGCAGUGACUGUGGCAAGAGCUUCAACCAGAGGUCUGGCCUCAUUAUCCACCAAACCACUCACACAGGGCAGAAACCCUUCAGCUGUAGCAAGUGUGGGAAGAGUUUUGGGCACCACUCAUAUCUCCUGAAACAUCAGAGGACUCAUUUUAGAGAGUUUCCAGAGAAAACCCUAGAAUAAAGAGACAUGCCCUUUAUUCUUGCCAAAUGAGCCUCCUCUAGGUCAUCAGCCAUUCAUGCACCUAGCCAGGUCAGCAGCAUCCAUUUUGGAGAGGGCUAGAUGGGAUGUGUGUGAACCUUGUGAGUAUUAAACUCAUGACCUAUACCUUACUAGCACCAGUGGGGCCCUUAUAUUCAGUAGAUUAUCUCAUUUACCCCAACAAUUAUUAACAAGGUGGGUUUACUCUUCCCGUUGAGUAGAUGAGAAACUGAUACCCAGAGAAGAGAAGGGACUGGGCCUGAGGGCAUGAUGAGAGUUUAGCUUGAGGAGCCAAGAUCAGUUUCCUAUCUGGCUUAGGAGAGGCUUAUUAACAUUAUCUUUCUUUGUACUAGAAUCCUAAUCCUUUUUCUAAAAGUGCAAUUUGAAAAGCAUAGUCCAGGUAUGGAGGGUUCUGUCCCACCAUGAUUUUCAACUUUUUCCUGCUUGCUAGAAACCCUCUGAAAUGUUUUAAUCACUUUGGAGAAAAUUCAGAGGGCCAUAAAAGCAAUUAAAUGUUUUCUAAUAUAAAUGCAUGUGGAAACCCAUCUCACAUGUAUCUGUGGUUCCCUUAUGCUGUAUCACUUGAAGUUGUUAGAAUUAUUCUCUGGUUUCAUGGCCUGUAUCUUGUGGAACAACUUCCUUAAAGAAUUCCAGGCCACUAAGAAGAAUUUCUAGGUACAUGCUUUGUGAAUUGAAUACGGUCCAGCCACCUCCUUUUGUAGGUAAGGAAAUAAAGAGAAGUAAAUUGAUUUACCCAAUGUCAUACAGGGACUUAUUUGCAGACUAAGAAUGUGAACCUAGAUUUUGAUUUUCUAUCCAUUGUUUUUUGUGCCCACAUCAUGUUACAAUAAUCAUUGCCUUGACAGUUUUACUGUUAAAGCACCUCAAUUAGAGAAUGGAAACCCAUGACGUGGCAAAGAACUGGAAACUAAGGGGGUGUCCAUCAAUUGGAGAAUGGCUAAACAAAUUAUAGUACAUGAAUAUUAUACUUAGCAUAAGAGAUGAGGAAAGGAACAUAUUUUGGGGAAACCUGGGGAAGACUUUUCUGAACUGAUGCAGAGUGAAGUAAGGAUUACCAAGAGAACAAUUUACAUAAUAACAACAUUGUAAAGACAACUUUGAAAGACUAAUCAAUGCAAUGACCAAGCAUGAUUCCCGAAAAAUGGUACUAAAGCUUGCUAUUCCGGGAAAUGGUGAUGGACUCAAAAUGCAAGAUGAAACAUAUGUUUGUAGACAUGGACAAUGUGGGAACUUGUUUUGCUUGACUAUGCAUAUCCCACUUUCCCCUCCCCCCCUACACCUGCCCCAA